AUGAGUUCCGUCGGAAGAGCGAUCCUAACCUGCCAAGCACGCGAGAAGACCAACGGAGAGAUGGCAAAGGCGAGUGCCACGCCGAGGGUACCAGCUCGCCGGCGAGCCAACGCCGUGAGGCCCCUCCCGAACGGGCCCCACCGCUUCCUCCGCCUGCUCGCCACCAUCCGAAAAAUCACCCGCCGCCGCCGCAGGGGCCUCGCCGCAGUCUCCCCGUCCUCGCCGCCGCCGCUCCCGGCCUCCGACAGGCGGCAAUGCGCCACCCGACCCCCAGCCCCUCCGUCGCCGCCGCCCCGCGAGGCCGAGACGCCGCAGGAGGCGAAGCGCCCGGAGGAGGAGGAGGAGGAGCACGCCGCUGAUGCCGCCGCGGAGGCCGUCGCGGGCAAGUACUGGGCCCACCGCCACAGCCUCUUCUCCCUGUACGACCGCGGCGUGCGGAUGGACGCCGAGGGCUGGUACUCCGCCACCCCGGAGGCCAUCGCCGCCGCGCAGGCCGCCCGCGCCGCGCCCGCCGGCCUCAUCCUCGACGCCUUCGCCGGGGUCGGCGGCAAUUCCAUCCAGUUCGCCGCCAGGGGCUGCUACGUUGUCGCGGUGGAGAUCGAUCCCCAUAAGGUAGAGCUGGCGAGGCACAACGCCAGGAUCUACGGCGUGGAGCAUAUGAUCGACUUUGUCGUCGGCGAUUUCUUCCACCUUGCGCCUUACUUGAAGGCAGAUUUGGUGUUCCUUUCACCACCAUGGGGAGGGCCAUCAUAUAAUCAAACACCAGUGUACACCCUCGAUAUGCUGAAGCCAAAGGACGGGCAUGCAAUAUUUCAAGCUGCUCAGAAAAUAGCUCCUAAUAUCAUCAUGUUCUUGCCACGGAAUGUGGACAUAAGCCAAGUAGAGGAACUUUCGUGGUUGUCUUCUCCUCCCCUAGAUUUUGAGAGUGAAGAGAGCUACGUACAGCACAGAUUCAAAGGAAUUACUGCUUACUUUGGAGAUGUGGCACGAUGA